AUGAGCGACCCUCGGACAAGAAUUAUCUCACAUAUGAACAAGGACCACCAAUUGGCUCUCCUCGACUAUGUCGUGGUGUAUGGUGGUGAGAACGUGUCGCAUGUGGAUGCUGAAUCUGUUAUUAUUACCGAUGUCUCCGAAGAACACCUUGCUCUCUCCUACAACAAGGAAAAUGGCAACAAUCAAGACUUGAAGCUCAUCUGGGAGGAGGUUCCAGAGAAUGAGAAGGUGAAAGUAGAUCAAAUGGGUGAUAUAAAGGCAAAGUUGGUUGCUAUGGCCAAGUAUGCUGCUGAGAAACAGGGAUUCUCCCACAAGAGAGUCGACAAAGUUUCUUUGCCUAAAAAACUUGAUCUGUACUUGAUGUAUCUUGCUUUUGCUGUGAGUCUUGCAACGUUAUAUGAUAAAACGCUUGUGAGACGUCUUGUUCAAAAUGACAAGCUCUUACGUACAAUUGCAGCCAAGUGCCCAGAAUUGCUUGCUAAGGGUUACUCUUAUAUUGAGAACCAUAUCACUCCUAUAUUCUCUACCAUUUAUGGUAUCCACGUAGUGGAGAUUCUUACUGUUACCUGGCCUAGGGUGAACAAGCUCAGAAUGUCUUUAAAGAACAAGUUGGUGUGGGCAACCAUGAACUUUGUUGAGGGUUUCUUGGUGUUUUCUAGACUCAACAAACUCGAAGAGUAG